AUGAUCGGAACCAAUGUCAAAGGCAGUCGGAAGCUAUUUUGGAAGAACGUGAGACAAGAAUGUGAGCGCUUACUUGAAGAUCAUCUCAAACUAAGCCCUUGGGAAUUGCUUACUGCUAUGCAAGCCAUCUCAAUCUACAUCUUGAUUCGACUAGAUGAAGGCGCGACGGAGGAGAACGAUUUUGAUUCGUUAUUACUUGCAGCGGUAUCCGCAAUGUCCAAGCAACUGGGGUGUUAUGAUCUUAUACGCAGAUCACAAAUCACAGAUCAUGCUCCUAGUCUUGACCAAGAAUGGGAAGAUUGGAUCUUUGAGGAAUCUGAACGAAGACUGUGCGUUAUAUACCGAGUCGUGAAUCUACUCGUCUAUUUCGACCCGGCGGCAAUGUGUGAUUUGUCCUCGGAUUUCGUGAUAGCCCCUUUACCAGCCAAGAAAGGACUGUGGGAAGCAAAUGAUGAAGUCUCAUGGCAUGUGGAAAACAGAAGGGUUUCCAAACCACAGCCUCCUUUUGGCUUGACUAAGAAAGGCCAGGUAGUCAAGUUGACCGGAGUUGAGCCACAUCAUAUGCAUUAUCUGCCUGGCAAUCAGACCUUGAAUAUCUCCAAAUCAGAAAGCGCUGAGAAUUGGGAGGAGUGGUGCUCGGGUAUGGACGGCCUCGGUGGGCUUGUCAUGCUUGCUGCUUCAUUGAUAGCCUAG